AUGUAUUCACCUCAUUGCGCCAAAUGUGCGAUAAAACUCCCCAUCUUUGACGAGAUCUUCACUGAUGAAGAAAGAGGAUGGCCACUAUGCGAAGAAUGCGCAGAUGAAGUGCAUGUAUACCAGGAACUUGCCCGUGAGAAUCAGAGACAGAUCCAAACCAGGGAUCGCUUGAAUUACGAAGCGGAGAAGAACAAGGAGUGUUAUAGACGCUCAAACUACUAG